AGAGAGCAACGACUCUCCUACCAGUCUCUUCACAAUCUUCAGUCAAAUCUAGACCCGACCCGAUAAUUGUUAUCCAUGAUCGGAUGCUGUAGUUUUUGCCCAUGUUUCGGAAUCUCCGGCGACGCCGACGACGAUCUGGGCCGCUCCAAUCUAGACCCGGUGCUGCUAAUCUCCGGCAUCGGUGGCUCCAUUCUCCAUUCCAAGAGGAGGCGGCGCGGGUUCCAGACCCGGGUUUGGGUCCGGAUCUUCUUGGCUGAUUUGGAGUUCAAGAAGAAGCUCUGGUCUAUCUACAAUCCGAAAACAGGUUAUACAGAAGCACUAGAUGAUGACUCAGAAAUUCUGGUCCCUGAUGAUGAUCAUGGACUUUAUGCGAUUGAUAUUUUAGAUCCCUCUGUGCUGACAAAAUGUUUACAUCUGAAGGAGGUAUAUUAUUUUCAUGAUAUGAUUAAUAUGCUCCUUCGAUGUGGGUACAAGAAGGGAAUCACAUUGUUUGGAUAUGGUUAUGACUUCCGGCAAAGCAAUAGAAUUGACAAAGCGAUGGAAGGCCUAAAAAUAAAGUUGCAAACUGCAUACAAAGCUUCUGGGGGUAGAAAAGUUAAUAUAAUUUCACAUUCAAUGGGUGGAUUGCUAGUGUCCUGUUUCAUGUCACUCUACAAUGAUGUAUUUUCCAAAUAUGUAAAUAAGUGGAUCUGCAUUGGGUGUCCUUUUCAAGGUGCACCAGGAUGCAUCAAUGGUUCUCUUUUGACUGGAUUGCAAUUUGUUGAUGGCUUGGAAAGCUUCUUUUUUGUAUUGAGGUGGACAAUGCAUCAACUGUUGGUCGAGAGCCCAUCAAUAUAUGAAAUGAUGGCAAAUCCAGAAUUCCAGUGGAAAAAGCAACCUGAGAUUCAGGUUUGGAGAAAGCAAUUCAAGGAUAAGAAAACUUCUUCAGUCGUGCUGGAAACAUAUGGCCCAACUGAAAGCAUCACUCUGUUUGAAGAAGCUUUGAGAGAUAAUGAGGUGAGUUAUGAUGGGAGAACAAUAGCUGUGCCAUUCAACUUUUCUAUUCUUCAAUGGGCUACUGGUACUCGUCAAGUUCUCAAUAAUGCUCAACUACCAACUGGAGUCUCCUUUUACAACAUUUAUGGGACAUGUUUUGACACACCAUUUGAUGUUUGCUAUGGCUCGGAAACUUCUCCAAUCAAUGACUUGUCUGACUUAUGCCACACAAUUCCUGAGUAUUCUUAUGUGGAUGGAGAUGAAACUGUUCCCGCUGAAUCAGCAAAGGCAGAUGGAUUUGCAGCAAUAGCAAGAGUAGGAGUUGCUGCUCGUCAUCGGGAUCUCUUACGGGACAAAAAGGUAUUCCAUCUCAUCCAGAAGUGGUUAGGAGUGAGCCCAAAACAUUCAAGAACUUCCAGAGUGACGAAUAUUUCAGCAAAUUAACACCCCUCUGUAAGAAACUCUCUUUUGCAUGAAAAUGGUAUGUUUCAUAGAAUCAAAACUAAUCAAACAGAUUUUCUUGCUAAAACUAACCGGGACUGGCGAUCCCUUUACCUGAAAAUUCAUGAUUUGAAUAAUUCAUACUUUAUAACUGUGAAAAAUUACUUCACUUGAUCUUGUAAAUCAUAUUACAAAGAUUAUAGCUAUAGUAGCUGUGUUGUUUGGAUUUGUAACAUUUUCCCAAAUGUGGGUUAUGCAAUGUAUACUAUAUACUUCAAACUGAUAAAAAAUUGUUGCUCUUUUUGUUUUUGGAUUUCA